AUGUGUUCUCGUGGAUCUUACAAUGAAUAUUAUCUUCGUUUUAUUCGUAAUUUAUCUCAAUCAAUUCCAAAACGAAAAAUGUUUAAAAAUUUGCGAUUGAUAUAUCUUAUAAUAGGACUAAUUGUUUCAUUUAAUAUACUUUUUAUGGCGAGCAUUUUUCCAUUUUCUUCAUCAUGUAAAUUACAAGAGUCAAUUAUUAGUUCAAAAUCAGAAGAUUUUAAUCAUGAUGCUAUCAGUACCAUUGAACGAUCUAAAAGAGCACUUGAAAAGCUGAAAGUGUUAUUAACUAGCGAUAUGUCUCCUGAUGGUCAACCAUGGAUCUGGAUACCUACAAAAGAAUAUCCGUCUGUACCUUAUCAACCGACUUUUCUUUUAAAUCAAACUAUUCCAAAACCAUUAUAUAACAUAACAGAUUUACCUAGAUCUGUUGCACAUGAAAUUAAUCGUGUUUGUCAACGAUUAAAACGAGCUGAUCAAGUCGGUGGAGCAAUAUGGUGUAAAUUAUUUAAAAAAACUUACUCAGAUACACUUGUAACAACGACAACAAUACUCGAUGAUAAAUCAACAUAUAUAAUUACCGGUGAUAUUGAUCUUAUGUGGUUACGUGACAGUAGUGCCCAAGUUCAUCAAUAUUUAACAUUAUGGCAAGACUUCGAAAUUCAGCGUAUAAUUGAAGGUCUGAUUUGUCGACAAAUUCAAUUUAUUUUUACUAAUCCAUAUGCAAGUGCAUUUCGUUUAACUCUUCGUCCCAACCCUCCGUCUGAUGAUUCUCUUGAACCAGUACACGUUCAGAAAGGUCGUAAUCUUCAUGUUGCUAUGCAUAACUAUGAAUUAGAUAGUUUAUGUUAUCAUGUACGUUUGAGUUAUUUUUGGUGGAAAAAAAGUCAACGAACAAAUAUAUUUAAUCAUCAAUGGUUAAAAGCUAUUUCAAUUAUAAUUCAAAUUAUGACUGUUGAACAACAUCAUUCAGAAAUUUCUCUUUAUCGUUAUACAGAAUUAGAUAAUAAUCAUCAAGGUUCUAAGGUCGCUUACACAGGAAUGACUUGGAGCGCUUUUCGACCAAGUGAUGAUGCAACAAAAUAUGGCUAUCUUAUACCCAGUAAUAUGAUGGCAUGUGUUGUUUUAGAACAAUUAAUGGAAAUGAUUAAAAAAUUAUUUCCUGAACAAAUUUCACUUUUAAACCAAAUUGUUCAAUUGCAUGUCGAUAUUCUUUCUGGUAUAAAUACAUAUGGAACAGUUAAUCAUGAAAAAUAUGGAAAAAUUUAUGCAUUUGAAACUGAUGGUUUUUCUCAGCAUUUACUUAUUGAUGAUGCUAAUAUACCAUCACUUCUGUCAGCAACUUAUUUAGGUUUUAAAACACCUUAUGAUCCAUCAAAUCUACUAAUGCAAUCAACACGUCAAUUUAUUUUAUCCAAAGGCAAUCCUUAUUUUUUUCAAGGUAAAAAUGUGUCGGGUAUAGGAAGUCAACAUACAGCAGCAAAUUAUGUUUGGCCAAUGGCUAUUAUCAUGGAAGGAUUAACAACAAUUAUUAAUAAUAAUACAAUUAAAGAUUUAGAUUAUAUAUGGCAAAGACUAGAAGUCAGUCAUGCUUAUACAUUUUCUAUGCACGAAAGUUUUAAUGUUAAUAAUCCAUUCGAAUUUACUCGCGGAUGGUUUGCUUGGGUCAAUUCUCUUUUUGCUGAACUAGUUCUAACUCAUCUAGAACAUUUAGAAGAUUGGUUAUGUUUUCGACGAUCAAUUUAA